UAACGCAGGCGAAUUUUCAUUCUAAAAAUAAUUUGGGGAUAAACAAACCGGUUCGAUAGUCAUUCUUGUUCUUUUCAAUUAUUCUCAUCAUGGCUAGUAAUCUAGUCCAAGCAAUGAAUAACAUCUCUUUAGAGAACGAGGAAGGAGGAAGAGAGAUUAAUGAUGAUGUUCAUAAUCAACCCUUUAACGCAAAUCUUUUUGUUGUUGGGCGAUUUAUUAACAAGGGACGAGUCAAUUUUGAAGCAAUGCAGCACACUCUAGCCAUUCUAUGGAAGCCAGGAAAGCUUUGGUGAUGUCGAGAUUAAAACAAGGACAGAAUCCUCGUUAUGUUGAUCUCAACACCAUGGAUCUCUGGGUACAGAUUCGUGAUUUAAAGGUCGGAUUUAUGUCGGAAACAGUCCUUAAAGGAAUUGGGAAUUAUGUGGGGAAUUAUGUUCGAUCUUGCCCAUCAAACUUCACGGGUGUUUGGAGAGAAUAUAUGAGGAUCAGGGUCUCAAUUGAUCUGGCAAAACCAUUAAAGAGACGGAUGAAAAUCAAGAUGGCGGGAGAUGCGUGGUUCUGGAUUAAUUUUAAAUAUGAAAAUGUUCCAAGUUUUUGUUUCAUUUGUGGCAUUGUAGGUCAUUCGGAACGAUUUUGUAGUCAGUUGUUUGAAAAAGCGGAGAGUGAAAUAGUUAAACCUUAUGGUGAGUGGAUGAGAGCUCCUCUUCGAAGACAAGUGAAACCAAUAGGAGCCAAAUGGUUACGAAAUGGUGAAAGUGGUAGUAAAUAUGCAGCAGAUUUGCAGAUUCAGAGCAAACGGAACGAAGACGAUGAGAGCAAUCAAGACUCAGAAAAAAUAGGCUUGUAUAAAGAAGUUUUAAUGGACUCGGCUGAUAUUACUGAGACUAAAAUGGCUGAUGAAAAUUCAGGUAACAGUUCGAUUUCAAAAAACGUAUAUGGCGCGAGUACUCAUGGGAGUGCUCGCCUAUCAUUAUGAGUUUAAUAAGUUGGAAUUGCCAUGGGAUUGGGACUCCGUGGCCUUUUCAAUUCCUUAAGGAGAUCACUCCCCAAAAGAGACCCGGUUUUAUUUUCCUGUGUGAAAUUAUUAGUAAGAAAGCUACUGUAGAAAGGUUUCAACGAGCAGUUGGCUUUAAGGGCUGUAGUAGUAGAAUCCCAUGGUCACAAUGGUGGUUUUGCUUUACUCCAGCGUAUAAGGAUGAAGUCCUUUCACGUUCCUACUUGAUUGACAGGAAUUUACGACGAGCCUGACAGAAAUAAAAGGUAUGAAACAUGGCAACUCAUUCGCCAUCUGUCUGUAAAUAAUUCCUUAACUUGGGUGUUAAUAGGUGAUAUGAAUAAUGUCUGCUCGCAAGAAGAUUAGAGAGGUGGUCGUCCAUAUCCUCAAACUCUGAUCAGAGGUUUUCUUGAUGUUCUAUAAGACUGCAAUCUCUCAGACAUGAUGAAUCUUAUUGGCCAGCCAUAUACAUGGGAAAGAGGUGCUGGCAAUGAUUAUUGGAUCGAACUAAGGCUGGAUCGUGCCUUGUCAACAGCUGAUUCUCAAACAUGUUCAAGGAUGCUACUCUCACAAAUUUGGAAGUCCCCACGUCAGACCAUUGCCCUUUGUUUCUGGAGUUUUAUAAAGCUCAACAGAUAGUCAAAACUCGAAUCUUUUGCUUUGAAAAUGCAUGCCUCCGCGAGCCAAUGUACCAACAGCUAGUGGCGGAUGUUUGGGAUAGAAAUCAAGGAAGAUCUUUUUUUGACAAAAUCACUGAAUGUACUCAAAUCUUAUCCGAAUGGGGCCAAGAAAUCACAGGUAGCUUCAAACGUCGAAUCCAAGCAUACAAAAGAGUGAUUAAAGCUCUAAAAGGUCGAAGAGAUGACUUCUCAGUUAAAGUAGUAAAGGAGAAUCAGAAGCAGCUUGCUGAGGUUUACCUCAACAGGAAAUUUUUUGGAAACAACGGUCCAAACAGUUGUGGUUAAAAAAGGGGACCAAAACACCAAAUUCUUUCAUGCAGCGGCUAAGAAUAGAAGGACUAUAAACCAGAUCAAAAAUCUCAAGAAUAAAGAUGGCAUUACAGUUGAUUGGAAUUCGGGUUUAGAAGAUGUGAUAGUGAGCUUUUUCACAGAAUUGUUUAAGGCGUCAGAUACUGAAUGGAGCUUAAUUACAUAUACUGAAUGAGUUAUGGCCUAUUUUCUAUGUCGUCUGUAACUGUAGUAUGUACUCAGAUCGUUCCAUUAAUAUAUAUUCCCUUUUGGCCGAUCAAAAAUAAAA